AUGCUUUAAAACAAAAUUUAUUAACUAAAUACCCCUAAGAGAGGAGUUUCUCGUUCUGAAUCAAUUAAGAAAAAAUUAUUCAAACUAAAUCUUGAUUCAUUGAAAACUCAUGAAACUGAAACUUAAAUGAAUAGCGAUUUGCUAACCACUAGUAGAGCUCAUCAUUAUAAAUCUAUUAGUUCAUCAUUAUUUUAAAGAAGAAACAGUAAAUAUCCAACAAUUUUGUAACAGUUAUAAUAAUAAUACUCAACAGCAUUCAAAAAUAAAGAACUUGAUAAGGCAAUCGAUGCAGUUGUAGAUGUUAUGAUUUUACACGUUAUAAGAGACAACAUAUUAGGAUUACUAAAUUCUUAUAUAUUGGUGGCAGAAACCUAUUUAAAAUUUACAUAUUAUUCUUCAGCCAUCUAAACUUAUACAUAAUUAGUAAUUACAAUCAUUAUUUUAGUUGCAUUUAUGUGAUAUAUGUAAUGAUGUUGAAGAAGUAUAGAAAUCAUUUAGAUUAAAAGUGUUACUAAAAAUAAGUAAUAUAGCACAUAAUUUAAAAAUGCAUGAAACUGCAGUCAAAAUAUUAAAGAAGUUAUUAUAAUAUUCUUGGCAUUUUAAAGAUAAAUAUUUAGAGGUUGUAUGUUUUGAUAAACUUGGAUAAGAAGCCUACUUAUAAGCAAAUUUAGAAAAGGCAUAGUUUUAUCAUUGCAGAGCUAUUUGGGGAAGAUCAGAACCUGAAAAUUCUAAUCAUUAUCAAAUAUCUACUUAAAAUAUAGGAUAAUAUUUAAAGAAACUUCCAAAAGGAAUACAACAUAUUGAUUAGAAUUUAGUAAGUAAAGCUACUUUUCUUCCAUUCACAUUCAUAAGUUAAACACAGAAUUAAUAAAAUAAUAAUUCUCCUUAAUAUUAUUAAGGUAUUGAAGUUACUAAUUACUAUUUAAAAAAUAUGAAUGUAAUUAAACAACCACAUAGAUUUUUAUCUCAUGUUACUCCAGAAGCAAGCUUUUAAAAAUUAUUUAUUACUUCUUAAUUUGAAUUUGAAAUUUCAACUCCAAGAUAAGCAAAAUAGGAUUCUCAUUCGAAUGAUUUAUUAAGAAUUAAUCCAUAAGAUUUAUUUAUUUCAGUCUUAUAAAAUUCAAAUGACAGAGAAGAAGUCUUAUACAUGAAUAAAGUAAAAUAAUAAAAUAAAAUGGGAGGAUUUGUAUAUUAUUAUUAUUGAUAUAUUAGAUUCCACCUACAUCUUAUAGAAUCUAAAGGAAAGAUUAACCUAAAAUUGAUAAGAGAUUAUUAAAAUAACCAUUAAUCAAAAUGAUAAAUGAAAGAUUAACCAGUCAACCAAAUUUUACAGAAAUAAUAGAAGAAAGAUAUCGAGCUGCAAGAAUGAAUCAUAGCAGAGUUCCACUAAAGGAUCAAGUGAGGAUUUCUCAUUUAAGUCCUAAUAGAGAUUUAUUGAACUAUGGAGAAUGCUUAUAGGCCACAGCUGAUCCAGAUUAAAUGUUUAUUGCUAAUGUACUAUUUUGA